CGGCCAGCUCUUCCUGUCAGUCGAUACCAGGCCACGCCCGUCCCGGCCUGCCAUUUCCGUCCAUCGCCAGCCAGACCACACCUUCCGCAAGCCUUCGCUUCCUGUCAAUCAACACCAGGCCACGCCCAUCCCGGCCUGCCAUUUCCGUCCAUCGCCAGCCAGACCACACCCUCCGCAAGCCUUCGCUUCCUGUCAAUCAACACCAGGCCACGCCCAUCCCGGCCUUCCAUUUCCGUCCAUCGCCAGUCAGACCACACUCUCCGCAAGUCUUCUCUUCCUGUCAAUCAACAUUAGACCACGCCCCUCCUGUGCCUGUUACACAAACAGCAGCAGCUCGAGAGAGUAAAUAGAGAAAAGAUGGCGGAGUUCAUUCAGCUCAACAAACCCACCGAACCGAAACCCGCGAACCAAAACCGCGAUCAUCCUGUUCUUCAUCAUCAUCCUCCUCCUCCACCGGCCAAGAAGAUCCGUCAUGAGGAGAAAAUAUUCACAGCCAAGAAGAUGAACGGAGGCGCGAAGGAACAGAAUUACAUGAACGAACCGAAAAACAAGAAACCCCGAACAGAAAAAGACCGAGAGAGAGAUAAAGAGAGGGAGAAAGAGAAAGAGAGGGAGAAAGAGAGAGAUAAAGAUAAAGAGAGAGAUAAAGAGAGGAAGAAACACAAAGUGGCUGCAGAAAAUCACCUCAGUAUGAAGCAGGAGAACGGCGCGCUCAAGUCACCGCAGAAAGAUCAUACCAUCAAAGACAAAGAGAAACAGAGAGACCGCGAGAAGAAGAGAGAAAAAAACAGAGAAAAAGAUGAGAAAGAGACGGAGAAACGCAAACACAAGCUGAUGACAGAAAUCAAGAGAGAGAACGGAGAGGUGAAAAUCCUGCAGAAAGGUGACCGAGAGAAAUCCAAGAUCAACUCGGCUGAAGAUUUACUGAUGAAGAAGGUGAAGAAGAAAAAGAAAAAGAAACAUAAAGAGAGUGAAAAGUGUAAACGGCCAAAGAUGUUCAGCAGAUCCAGCCAGACGGUUUGUUCAGAUCUGGCAGACCGAAUGUCCGUAUCUGUAGCAGAAUUCAAGCCUCCUCUUCUAGUCCAGCAGGGUGACGCAGGUGGGCCGAAGCAGGAGGAGAACGGCAGCCAGAGCUCGAGCGUGGCGAAAGUCAGCAAACCACCUGGACUGGAUGGUCUGGAGUUCGGCCGUCUGGUUCAUGUAGAGCAGCAACCGAACGGUGGCGCUCUGGUUCUGCAUGCAUACAACUGCGAGCUCUCUGUCCUAUCUCUUAUGGAGAUGCAGAGGUUCGCGCAUGAGUUUGUCAAGUUAUCGUUCAGCGAGGACCAUGAUGGAGCCGCCAACUAUGUGAUGGGCGUGAUUCACAGCGCCGCCGCGUACCUCCCCGACUUCCUGGAGUAUUUCUCUAGUAAGUUUCCGAACUCUCCAGUAAAAAUGGAAAUCCUGGGAAAGAAGGACAUCGAGACGACAACUAUGGCAAACUUUCACACUCAGGUGAAGAGGAGUUACUCUCACGGGACGUACCGUGCCGGAGCCAUGAGGCAGAUCAGUCUGGUGGGUGCAGUAGAUGAGGAGGUGGGUGAUUAUUUCCCAGAAUUCCUCAGUAUGCUGGAAAAAUCACCAUUCCUGGAGCGGACGUUGCCGUGGGGAUCGUUCUCCAGUCUGAAGCAGAUGAGUCCGACUGACAGUGAUGAUGGUCCCAUCAUGUGGGUUCGGCCCGGAGAGCAGAUGAUCCCAGUGACAGACAUGCCAAAGUCUCCAUUCAAACGAAAACGGUCGACCAAUGAGAUUAAGAAUCUGCAGUAUCUGCCGAGAGCCUGCGAACCACGUGAGAUGCUCUUUGAGGAUCGAACCCGAGCUCACGCAGAUCACAUCGGUCAAGGGUUCGAACGACAAACCACUGCAGCUGUGGGGGUGCUGAAAGCUGUGCGCUGCGGUGAAGGUUCUGACCCUCCUCGUAUCACUAAAGAUGUGAUAUGUUUCCAUGCGGCUGAUUUUGCUGAUGUGGUUCAGCGACUACAACUCGACCUGUAUGAGCCACCGCUGUCUCAGUGUGUGCAGUGGGUGGACGAUGCAAAACUCAAUCAGUUAAGGCGUGAGGGGAUCCGAUACGCUCGUAUCCAGCUGUAUGAUAACGACAUCUACUUCAUCCCUCGGAACGUCGUUCAUCAGUUCAAGAGCGUGUCGGCCGUGUGCAGUCUCGCCUGGCAUGUGCGUUUGAAACAGUAUCACCAGGACAGCAAAGAAGAGGCUCGUGAGGAAGAAAACGGUCAGAUGAAGCAUGUCAAGCAGGAGCCACUGAGCGAGAACAUCGACUUCAAACCCUCGAGAGAGACACCUGACAUACCGCAGAUAAAGGUGGAGGGGGCGGAGCCACCCACUGAAAGACCGCCCAAACCUCCACCCAGCAACAGCAGCUUGAGUCUGCCUCCCGCCACCUCAUCUGUUGGGCAACCCAAAGUGCAGCACGAAUCAGAACGUCAAAGCACUCCGUCACACCCCCCCACUGCUACACCCAACGUUUCACUCAGCUCAACGGCCAGCCCGUACACGCCCAAACACACACACACAUCAACGCCCACCAAACACACACACGCUUCAACGCCUACCAAACACACACACGCUUCAACACCUACCAAACACACACACGCUUCAACGCCUACCAAACACACACCUGGGUCAAUGCCAACCAAACCCACCUUCAAAUACUUGCACUCUUCCUCCACCCCUAAAUCGGGACACGCCCCCAUAUUACCAACCAAGCCAACCCACUCUACUAACACAAUCAAACUAACCCAUUCAAUGAACACAACUAAACCAACACACUCUACUAAUCCAAGCAAAGCAACACGCACUAUAAAUACAGACAAAUACACACACUCCACAUUAAUAACCAAACCCAGCCCCAAACUGAGCUCUGGACUGUCAGUCAACUGGACUGCUCCACCCCUUGCCCCGCCCCCCCUGAGGCCAGACCGCCCACAAGACACACUUCACCCAAAGGCCGUCAGACACCCGCAUGAACCACACAAAGACUUUUUGUGCUGAUUUGUACAGAGCAGUUUUUAAAUGGCACUUCUUUCAAUCAUUUAUUUCUACUUUUGUUUUUAAUCUGAAAAGAGAAAGAGACCGCAGCACCCGUGAGUUCAGUAAGACAGCUGCUGAAUCUGUCUGUCUCUCUCUGUGUCUGUCUCUCUCGCUUUCUGUACUGCAAAAAAACAAAAAACAAAUAUGUAUUUUUGUCUUUUUUUUCUAGUAAAACUAUCUAAACAUCCUAAAAACACAAUACAUUUAUUAGUGCAAAAUUGUGUAAAAUUUCUUGUAUUCAGAUAAUAUAUUUUGAAUAGUUUUCUCCCACUUGCUUUAAGCAUAAACCUCAUGAUAGAUUUGUGCUUAAAACAAAGAGAACAAUAUGUCAGUGAGGUUAGAUAAUAAAGCGAUAUCACACGAGCGAGUGUUGUGUUGGUCCUGCAGGUAAUCACUGCUGUGCUGAUAUACAGAACAACAUCACGAUUGUGAGUGCGAUAUUGCUUUUAUACAACAGUUCAACAAACAAGUAAAUAAGGAAAAACCAAGGAGUGUCCCAGAAACCUUUGUGUGUGUUGAACUACAGUACUGUGCAAAAGUUUUAGGCACAUAAGAUGCUUCACAAAAGCAUUUGUCUUAAGAUGGUUAUUUAUAUUUUCAGCUUUAGUGUGUCAAUGGGAAAUAUACAUUUUAGACUCCAAAACAUUUCUUUUGCAAAUAGAAUAGAACAGGGAGCCCUGCAACAGAUGGCAUGUGGCAGGUCCCCACAGAGCCCCCCACUGAAUAUUGAGUCAGUCUGAGAUUACAAGAAGAGGAAAAUUCUCCAAGAAGCUUGAACAUCCUAUCUGCCAACAACCAAGAAAAACUGUGUCCAGGUGUAUCUAGGAGAAUUGGGGCUGUUUUAAAGGCAAAGGUGGUCACACCGAAUAUUGAUUUAGCUUUUUAUAUUUACUGGUCUUUGUGUGACAUUAAGUGAUAAAUGAAAACUAUUUAUGGUAUUAUUUUUGAAGACAUCCUCACUAUGCAACAUUUUUCUCAAGUGUCUAAAACGUUUGCGCAGAACUGUAGCUUCUGAAGACACAGAUUCAGGAUCUUGCUUUGAAACGGCCAAAACUGCCUUUGCUAGUUUGGAAGAUGCGCACAGGACACCAUUAAUAAUUCAAAAGAGUCACUUUAGGACUACUAACAACUUGGGCUGUUUCUAACAAGUUGGAGUAACAAAGGUGUGUGUGUGUGUGUGAGAGAGAGAAACAGAGAGAGUGAUUGAGCGUGUGUGAUUACAUCUGUUGUGACUCAGCAGUGAUCAGUAAUGCUGAAGUUGUUAGUCUCUCAGUUGUAGUGUGCUAGUAAUCCGCUCAUUCACUGACAGAUGAUGCAGAUUAUCAACACAAACUCAAAGACAUGUACUGGUCUCCACCUGAUGGUGUAAAUGUGUAAUGCAACAGGGAUAAAUGAAAACAUUCUCUGUGCUGCUCUCCAAAGCAUCCCAGUGAUCCAAUCAGAUUCAAGGACCGGAACUAACUGUUGUAUAAAAUACAAUUAUUAAAGAUUAUUACAUGAAAACAAGUCUUACACAAUUUUGCUUUUCUAGUAAAUGUGUGUUAAAAGGAAAGUUGAUAUAUGUAAACUGGAAAACAAGACAAACUACUGAUGAUUUUUUAUUUUUUGGCAGUGUAUCUGUGUUACUGGUUGUGAACAUGGUAAAUGUAGCUGUAACACAUUCCUCAGUGCCUGUCCCAAACUGUGAACUAUUGUAGCACUUCGGCUCAGCUGCGCACUGAGAACAUACUGCAAAUCCAAACAGCUCCUUGAAUAAUAUAUUUUCUGUUGUAGCUUUAGUGGGAUUAGAGUUGACAUGAACAUAUAUAUUUUUUGUAAGAUGACACGGAAUUCUUUUAAAGACUCUACAGGCUUUUCCAUAGAGCUUAUUUAUAUCAAGGAUUUCUUUGGUUUCGUUUAAUUUUGUCAGAACUGUAGUGUACAUAACGAUUUUUCUAAUGCAAAUGUGUAGUGUGAUUUAUAUGGAAAUAAGAACCUCCUAAUAAAAGGUUCUGUUUGUUA